AUUAAGACAUCAUCCUCUAAGCAUGCCGAUGGUCGCAAGUUUUAGGUGUGCUAAAAUAAACUCCGUCCCUUCCCACCGGGUUCACAAGAGAGAGAGAGAGAGAGAGAGAGAGAGCGUGUUUUCUGAAGAGGAGCGGAGGGCAUAAGAUCGAUUUAGGGCUUCUAUCGAGAGAGAGAGAGAGAGAGAGAGGGAAGGGUGAGGAUCUACUAUGGCGACGUACAAUCUCUUCGUGAAGCUCUUGGAUGGGAAAACCCUAACCCUAAGGCUCGACACUCCAACCAUAACCGGUGAGUUAAUCAAGCACCGCCUCUACGGCACCACCCGCAUUCCUGUCGACCACCAACUCCUCCUUGCUGAGGGCCGCCACAUCUACUCCGAUACCCUGAUCUGCGCUCCCGCCAAUACUCGUCUCUUCCCCACGGUGCACUUGUUGCUCCGCCUCCUCGGUGGCAAGGGCGGUUUCGGUUCUCUUCUCCGCGGCGCCGCUUCCAAAGCCGGCCAAAAAAAGACCAAUAACUUUGACGCCUGCCGCGACAUGAGCGGUCGGCGGCUGCGACACGUCAAUGCCGAGAAGAAGCUCGAGGAAUGGCAGGCGGAGGCGGAGCAGCGGCGGCUGGAGAAGAUUGCGGAGGAGUUUAUCAAGAAGAAGGCGAAGACCGGCAAGAAACUCGGGAACGGGGAGACGGAGAAGUAUGUGGCAAGGUAUAGGGAGGAAUCGGCAAAGUGUGUGGAGGCGGUGGAGGCUUCUGUGCGCGAUGCGUUGGAGGUUUAUAAGAAUUCAAAGCGAAAAUCUGUGGUUGUGCCCGAAGCGGAAUCUAAAAGAUUGAAGAUUUGGACGGGAAAGAAAAGCUUGGAUGAAAGUGAUAGUGAUAUGGAUGAAGAAGACAGUGACGAGGAUGACGAUAAGGAGGAAGAAAAUGAGAAAUCUGUUGUUUUAGAUAGUGGAAAUAAUUCAGAUUCCAACAAGGAAAUGGAGGGGAGCUCUAGAUCCCUUUCUUGUGGGAAGUUAGUGGGAGAAUGUUCCAAUGGAGGUUCAUCUGACAGCGGUUCUGAAGAAGAGAAAGAGAUUGUUUUACGAGGAAGCUUGGAAUCUAGCAUAAAUCCUGGUAAACUUGAGGCUCCUGAGGAAGUGAAUGGUGGUGUGGUUGAGCCUGAGGUUUAUGAAGAAAAGGUGGUUCAUAGUACCUCUUAUUUGGAGGCAGUAGUAGUUUUGGAAACUGACGCAGCUCAGGCUGAAAAUUUGGAUUCCCAUGAACCCAAAUCUGGAAUUGAAGAAAUAGCUAGUCAACAGGAAGGCACGUGUUGUCCAGGGGCAGAGCAAGAUUUUGAAGUCAAACAGGUUGAUGCUAGAGCAAAUGGUUUUCCAGAGUCAAAAUCAGGAGUUAAUGAAGGAACAGAGUUUGCUAGCAAAGAAGAUUUAGAGUUGGAAAAGCCGCUAAAUUUUGAUGAAUUUAAUUCUGCAACUGAGAUGGAGGCUCUAGGAAUGGAGAAGUUAAAAUCUGAGCUGCAGGCACGGGGGUUAAAAUGUGGGGGUACCUUGCAAGAGCGGGCUGCCAGGCUUUUCCUUCUCAAGACCACGCCCAUAGAAAAGCUUCCAAAGAAGUUGCUUGCCAAGAAAUGAUGUUACCAUGUGCCUGACUGCAUGAGGAAGAAUUCGGUUUUGCAAAAAUAAUCUGCUUUCUAAACUGUAACCUGUAUCUAUGAUUGGUCUUGCAUCUGUAUGUAUGUGGAUUUACGACCACCCUGGAAGCCUGAAGGAUGUUAGUUUUCCUCCUUUUCUAAGACAUACAUAGAUUUGUAUCCUAGCUACCCGACACAACAAGCGAUUUCAUUUUCAAUGAGCGCUGCACUGAUAUUUUUUUAAUUGCUUAUUUAGUUAGUAGUAAUUCUCAGUGACUUCUAAUGUUUUCUUGAUCAUCCAUCCAAAUAAAUUUCAAUCACACGAAUGCAUAGUUUUAACUC